AUGUCGGACCAAGAAGCAUUCGGACAAAGCCAAGAUGAUCUCUCCAAUGUGUCGUUUACUGCAGAAGAUGUCAACAUGCCAUACGAGGAGGCAGUUCGCCUGGACCAUCGGAAUCACGUGACUUCGCUGCUUGGGAAAAUAUGUGAUCUAAAAGACGCUCUGAAGGCCCAGUGCGGCUACGAUGGACAGAUGAGCGUCGCCGAGCGUAGAGCUAUCAAACAUAACCGAGAAGUCCUCCAGACAUUGGAGAAGCAAAUCCAGGACGGGUUGGAGAUGAUGCAGCCAAUGCCAACCACGAAUCCCUCAUCUCGUUACAGCUCCUUCGAACGAGUUUCUCAUCAGCAAGCUUUCCAUCCUCAUCAACACCCAGUCUACCCUCCUAGUCAGGCAUACAGCGAUCAAAUUCUGCGAACUGAACGAGCAAACAUAUCGUCGCCUCAAUCUUUUCAUUCUGAAAACAUUCACCGACGGCCAGAUCAGAUCCACAGCCAACGAGAUCGAUCUAUUGAGCGUAUUUGUCGAGAACGGCGACAAAGACAGGAAGCGAACCAACAAGUCAGUCAAGAUCCGCGGAGUUCAUUUGCUUCUGAUCGUCAUGGGCAGCUUAGUCGCAGCGUAAGAACUCCAGUUCGAUCACAAGACAAACCAUUGAGUGAGCUGUUGAUAGAAGAUGAUAUGAGGAGAAUCAAAGCUGGUAUUCCACCUCCAGUGCUUGAUUGCGAAAUUCUUGAGGAUGAGAAAGAACAUCAACGUCGGUUCCCAAGCGAAGAUUCGCAUGAGCAGGAUCUCCGAUUAUGGGGGGAAAAACUACGAGAAGAAAAUCCUCCAAUACUAAAAGAAAAUCCUCCUUCCGAUCGAAACUCAAAGUUCAAAGAGCGACUUAAAAGAGACAAGGAAAGAAGAGCUCAAAAGCAAAAAGAAGAUGAACUUUCUCGUCCCACAAGCAAGAGGAAGGAGCAUGCCGAGCAGAUUUACUCCGAGCCUGUUGUUGAAGCCAAACCCAUUGAACAAGUAGAAGACUAUACGAGUGAAGAGAGCGAAGAUUCUAGUCACGAGAUUACAAGUUCAGAGCCAGUUGUGCCUGAGGAACAGGUAAGUGAAUAUGAAGUCCUGCCAACUGUCGAAGACUAUCUCGGAGAAGCUCCUCAAGGUCCUCGCUACGUCGCUGAAGAAGAAAGCGUCUCAUCGAAAAGCACACACGAGAAUUUAAAUCAAUCAGACGAUGAUGAAACAGAGAAGCCAACACCUGAAGAAUCGGAAACGUAUUCGACCGCAAAAGCAAGCAUAAGCCGAGAAGAGCAGCCUGGCUCCUUGUUUUCAGAAGGAUUCAAGCCACCAUCGAAUUUGAAGUGUGUGAGUGACGGUUCUGAUAUUGAGCAGCUGCCAGAUAAAAAUCGAGUGAAAGAAAUCAGUGCGAUCAGCGGUAUCGGGAAGUUACCUCAGCCCGGCCGAGGGUCUUCGGAAGAAAAUGAAUCCGAUGGAGAGGAAGCAUCUAGCUGCGUUAAUGCUGAAGGUAUUCUUGCGACAGGAAUGCGAUACAUGAGCAGCUCGCUUUUGCAUGGAACGUCUUCCAAUCUCAAGUCUGGAAGCCGAAUCAGCAGUGCAAGUAUGACCCGCGAGGAAGAACGAGAAAAGCGAAGGAGCGACUUGCAAAGACGUAGGGAGAAACGUACGAGUUCUACGAGAACUUCUAAGGUUGAGAGCGAGGGAGGCACGAAAGUAACGAAGGCCGAUGAUGAGACAAGAGUUUCUUCGAAGAAAGAUGAAGAAGACACCAAGGUUUCUGAAGCUGGUGAUAGUCGGAUCUCGUCUCAUCGAGAGGAAUAUAGUUCGAGAGCAAGAAGAGGUUCAAGAGGUGGAAGCAGAGUUGGAGAUAGAGGGCGGAUGGCUGCUAUGGCCAACGCUUUUAGUCCAAUUCAGACAACGACGACGAACCCACCACAGGACCAAAAAAUCACGAAGCCACCUCCUCAUCCUUCUCGCAGUCACAUUGGUUAUCGUCAGCGAAAAGAGCAAGACACACCAGUGUAUGAAGAGCCCGUGCGACAUGAGCUUCACUUCCCGACAGCAAAAGUUCAACAAAAGCACGGUCAUCUUGCUUUUGACCAUCAAAAUGUGCCGAAUACUCAACCGCCUGCACCACCUGCACGGCCAGCUCAAGAAAACUACUAUGAGGAUGAUGAUGAGGACUUCGAAAGAGAAUUUGAAGAAUUAAAUAAAAUGGACGAGCGAGCCGCUCUUGGCCCGAACAAAUUCUUGGACAUCGAAGGAGGAGAACGAGCAACAACAAACCGAAUUCCGAUCAAAAUCGUCAGCGUUAUCCAAGGAGUUGGCCUCUUCCUUGCUCAACUGCAGAAGCCUCUCUUUCCUAAGUCAAAGUGGCAUUAUCGAGCUAUGCUUGACUUUUUACGAACAGAGAUGCACCCGAUCAAAAACCAUGACUACCUCAUUAUUCCGAAGGAAGAAGCCGACUACGGAAUGUUUGUGUUCACUUAUAAUCCAAAAGAACAGUCAUGGAUUCGCGGCAAAGUUAUUGACAUCCUCAGCGGAGUCACCGUCGUCGAUGUCGAUCGAGGCGAGAUUUUCAAGCCUCAAUCGCCUCUGUAUACCUGGAGUGAGGAAUCAAUCAACAGCGCUUUUCCAGAUCAUCCAGGUGGACAAUUACUCUUGCAGCCAGAACUGACCGUCGCCUGUCGGCUCAAGGUAUACGUGGACUCUGGUGCUCCUCGGCCAAUGAUUCCGCAGGCGGGUCGAAAAUACUUCACCGAUGCCGAAAUCGUAGCAUUCAGAAAAUACGUGGAAGCUAUGGAAAAGAACAAUGUCAAAUUCGAGAUGACUGCUUGCGAGGAUAGAGAGCACGGUAAAAUCUUGCCCGUCGUCCUGUCCUGCUGCGACCCGGAUUUUGAUGAAAAGCGUAAGCAAUGGGGCCAGGAGGUCUACAUUCGCCACGACGUCCCUCUCCCACCGUUCCAAACCAACGAGGACGGGCGUCUAGUUUUCGGCCGCGAGGAGCUCACCCCACUCGAUCGAAAAAUCAAGGCUAUCGUUGGAUGCGAAGAAUACGAGGGAAUCCGCCAAACUCACACCGCGGGACGCUUCAUUCCUUUUGAUUUAUAA